AUGGUGAAAUCAAAGUCGAAGAAGAAAAGGAAGUUUCUUAGUCAACCAACUUCACAGGAGCUUGUCGUCGGAGCCGGGUCUGUCUCUCGAGUUCCGGCGGUGGAGCUCUUGAAUUCAAGUCUAGAUGGAAGUCUGAAGCUCGAAGUCUCAUUUUUCAAUGCAUUACUGAUCCCAGAUGUUUUCCCUCUCUUAGCUGCAGCUCAAAAAGCCCUUAUCUCCAAAUCACACGAUUCGUUAUCAACACGAACUCUUCAUUCUGAGCUUUUCUACAAUUACUCCGGAUCUAAACAUAUUACAGAAUCGUUGAAACGAUGUGGGAUCUCCGAAACUACUACUUACAUUCUAGUUGCUCAGUUCAAUGCUUCUCUCCUUGAGAUUCUCUGA